AUAAAAGGUCGGUUCUUCAGGGGAGGGACCCUAUCCGCUGGUCGGUCAACCACUUCGAGCCCUUGUCCUGCUUUCCGCUACUUACACUCAAAAAAUUCAGCGCCUACCAAGUAAGGGAAUCCUUCAACCUUGCCUGGUGACGCACGGAUUGACAUGCUACACAGCUGCACCUGACCCACUCUUCGAUAAUGUAUUUACAUCGCUUGAUAUCCGCCCUCACCUUUGUUUCGAUGGUGUUAGCAGCAGCAGUGCCCAGUCCUGGCUCACCCAUUGCAGAUGCUCACCAACCGCUAGCGUUGCCCAGCAAUGGUCCACAACUCUCAUCUGAGAAUGAGAAGACCAUAGAAGUGACAUUUUCUCAAGACAGCGCUGAUCCAAAGUGGAUCCAGAAUACUCAGGAUAAUGUCCAGAGCGGCGUCAUGGAGGUCUUGCGCCGUGCUUGGCCAAAGUACUCCCUUCAGAGCGUGAAAAUCAAAGACGUCGAGUUUCAUGGUUUUGUAUCUGGAGCAACCAACCACCAUACAUUCAAGGUCAAGUUUUUAGAAGCUCUGCCAACUCUAGCAGGCUUUGGGGAGUGUGAAGGGUGGGUGACGGUGGGUUUCGGGAACCGCGGAGGGACACACGUAGCAGUAGUCUCAGGAGAAAUAAACAGUAAAGCAGGGGACACGAUCUCUUCAAUUAAAUCAUAUCGGUACGGCAUAGCCAGAUCUUGAUAAGGUAAAGUGACGACGUGCCACUGCUGUCCCACUGGAUAACUAUUGGGUAUUAUAGAUGGAAAGAGGUAGUCACAAUGGACUGAGGCUGGGAUACUAUUCUGUACACAUAUAUUCCGUCCUUUGAAGCUUCGGUGAAGUUGAAAUGAUCAGAAAGAGAUACACUGUACGUAUUUGCCACCAAAGAACUAGAGGCGAAAAUCGAUA